ACAAUUGGCUGCGAGCAGCGUCACUCAACCGACAAAUCCAAGUCCUGACUGCCUCCUCUGCUCUUUGCGAUUCAGCAGCGUGGGCGGCGCUGCGCGGUCCCGUCUCCACAAUCCCUCCCACGCACCCUCCUGCCCUUGGCUCUUACGGAUCGUAGGAGGAGGGAGAGGAGAAGCUGUAUUCUGUUCCUGUUCUGAGGUCGCAGCGACCGAUAUCUCUGCUUCCGACUGUGUGUUUACCGCGCCAUCCCUCCGGACUGUUUCUCCAUGCCCGUGCCGCAGCUCAGAUGGGAGACGUAAGUGCAGUCUGGCACGUGAACGCGCGCGGCAGGUCUCUCUGGCGGGCCAUCCCAAGUACGGGAUGCUGAACGGGAGCCGUGAGGGUUUGUUUGAACUGGGCAAGCAGCUCCAGCAGGAGGGAGACUCCAAGGCUGCUCUGCACUGCUUUUUGAGCUGCCUGCUGGGACUCACACAUGUGCAGAGCUUCCACUCGCUUCCCAACUGCCUGCAUCAGAUUGCCGAAAUCUACAUUGAUGACAAGAAUUAUGGGAAAGCUCUGCAGUUCAUUCAGGCGGAGAAGAUGUUCUACGAAGUGGCAUUGAUCGAGCUCACCUCACUGCAGGCCAGCACAGGGUCUCAGGAAGAAGGAACAUUGGGAACGUCAGGAUGUCUGUCUCAAGAGGAGUUAUCAGAACAGGCUUCACAGGCCCAGGAUCUUGAGAGACUGGCUCAGCUCUGCAUCAUGAGCAAAAGGUAGGAGAUUGAACUGACUGUGAAAAUGAUACUGCAUAUAUAUACAGCAUGCAGACUAACUUUGACAAAACUGGCAUGCCAAAUAUAGUAAGUAAGAGUAAUUUCUGUGAUAGAGGGCAUUUUAUGUCUAGAUACAAAAUUUAGGAAGAUGCAUUCAACUGGUCUUACACAAUUUGGACACACUGAGUCAAUUCUAUUUUAUGCUGACUGUCCACACUUGGAUGUCUUGUUUAUGUCUCAUUCAUGAAAUACUUGACUG